AUGUCACCUGCUGCACUUGCCGAGAUGCAGCCGGAUCUGCAAUAUGAUCAGCUCCAGGCCGUUGGCAAGGCCUUCGAUGCCCUACUGCUAACUGUUUUUCGACUUACCCACAGACAAAAUGAACUGUUCCAGCACAUGGACAAUGUCUUCAAGGAGUACUCCGAUGUGAUAGAAACACUGCCGCCUCAAGAUAGACCUCGUGCACUGGACGUUCAUACCAAACUGCUCGCGCAGCAAGAAGAAUACCGUCAGGGCCUCGUACACAGCAAGCUUCAGGUGGAGGAACAGCCGUUGAAUUUCAAGGAUGUAAUCAAGACCCUCGUUGCACACCAAAAUGUAGACGAAAAUACCACUGCGGCCAUCAAGGACGGGGUCAAAGGCUGCAAGUCUCUGCUCCGUUCUCAGGAUGGCGUCUCCCAAAUAUCCAAUUCCUGCAUCCUCGCGCGAGUUCCCUCCCCACCACCCGCGCUGGAGAAGGACUUCACCACCAAUGGUACCCAGGGGGAUCUGCAUUGCCCAUUCUCAAAACCGACUAAGAUGCAGAAUGGAAGUGAAGUCCCUAGCGGGAGAAACUCUGCACCAAAGAUCCAGAUCGACUCCACCUGCGGGCAUGAGCAUCUCGAUCCUAUCAAAGCCGAGCUGGAGGAACGACGCUCCAGUCAUACUCCAUCCGCUCCAUCAUCAAAAGGAGCAUGCCCUGUCUCUCGAUGCCCGAUCCGAUUCCUAGACCAACACUCACCAGAAGAAAUCGCUGAAUAUGUUGAACGACACAAACAUGAAAUUCCUCGGAGUCAUGCAAUCUGCGUCAACCGAUACCAACGCAAUCCACAGGACAUGCGACACCUGGACGCUAAAUACGGUGGGCUCACCAGCAUGAUCGCUGGCCUGGGAGUCAAACACCAGGCCUUCUUACCGGAACGCCAGGACGGCGAGGGCAAGUCCGCAACCUCGGCGUCGACCCAGCGUGUCGAGAAAUGGGCCGAGAACGUGGACCCAGAGGCGCCUGGAGCUCCAAACAACGAGGAUGAUAAUCGCCAGAGUCACUUUGACCGUCCACUCCGCGAAGUCCGCGUGGGGGAAUCCCCGAGCAGGCCUUGGGGUAUCUCAGUGCCCGUCACACAUCUCCCUCCAGCCUCAGUGCCGACCUCCGUUCCGCCGCCUGUCCCCACCCCAGCCGACCGAUCCAAUAUUUCAUCCGAGAAGCCUGCGGACGACGCUGAUGCCGGCGUUGAUGCCCCUGCCGAACCUGCCGGCCGUUGUCCUUUCGGCCAUGGCGCCCCGAAGCCAGCCGCUGAAGUCCCCAAGCCUGAGACCGAAGAACCCUGGAAAGCCCGGGCAAAGGAAUGGCCAAAGGAUAAGAAAGGCCUGGCUACAGAAGAGAUACCUGCGCCUCCUAUUCCUGCUGCUGCGAGUGAAGACUCGACUACCCAACCCGGUAUUCCUUCAACCACCUCCAAUCCCUCCCACAUCACCUUCAAUGGCCCCGUUUUCUUCGGGUACUCCGCCGAGCAGACAGCCAGCCUAAUGCAGCAGCUUGGCAGCCUGGCAAAACCAUGA